UACAUUCCUCCGAGAAUUUCCCUAGCAUGGUGUCUUUGUACGAGUUGAACUCGUCCAAAAUGCAUACAUUUUCGGAAUGGGUGAAAGGUGCAGAACGGUUCGACUCGACUCGGUCCGCCAUCUUUUUUGUUUUGAAAAUAGUCUUAAAUUACCCACAAUUCUUUGCACUUAGUACAACUUAGCAUAGUCGGUGUCUUAACUGUAUAGUGCAACAGUAUUAUUUAGACGUCUAUGUCAAGUCCGACUAUAUCCUACAGAUAGACUAUAGUCACAGUCUAUCUUUGUGAAACCGGCCCCAGGCUUACGCCCAGUUGGUGCAACUCACAGGGCCUUUGUGUAUCACCAUGGCAACCACGAAGCGUUAGGUGGCCAUGUCACCAUGGCAACGGCGAGAGCGUUUGAAGACGAGGGGGUUAACGCCACUGGAUACAAACGAGGACUAUAUUGUCGGGAAGUCAUGAGUUAGAUAGUUGUACAGCUAAAAUACACAUGAACUAAGUGCCGUUAUGUUGUUACAGAGGGCUUCAAUGCUCCUUUAAACGUUCACACUGUCUUCAACUGUAAACCAUUCACAACUAGCUCCUCUACACACUCUGAUCCUCAAUGAGGAGGGGGUGAGCUGCCGUGACCCUGAGGCGAUGGCAGUGACCCACCUUAGUUUCCCUGCCCUUAGACAGGGGUCUCCGGUGCCCCUCGGCCAGUUGGUGGAGGAGAGCCGGACCCCCAGAGCCUCCAACGCCCCCCAUCACCUCCUCACUUCAGAGAUAUACAGUCCAAUGAAGAGCAACAGCCAGAUACAAGCAGAACCGGCUGCCCUCCAUUUUAAUGGCUUCAGUCUGGGAAAAGGCUACCAAAAGGUCCUGAAAUUAAUCAAUAUCUCAUCCGAGGUGAUUAAUAUCCACAUCAUUACCACGCAAACCAAGUACUUCCGAACGACCUAUACCAAAAAGUACCGGCUCAUCCCCGGCCUGGCCUACACUGUCAAGGUCCACUUCUGUCCUGACCAAUGGCGCUACUUCUACGACUGCCUUCUCAUCCACUGCAAGGGCGAGGAGGCCCUUUUAAUUCCAGUUCAUGCCUACCCUGUCAUUGAUGACCUAUGCAUCCCCCCGCACAUCCACCUGCCCAGCAUACCUCUGGGACACAGUGUGAGCCACAGCCUCCCCCUCCGCUGCAGCUGUCCCGCUGACCUAGAGGUUGAGUUCCAGGUGCAUGUGAUCCAGCCCCACCAAGCCUUCCAGGUGCAGCCCCUCGCAGGAUCGAUACCGGCUAGCGGGGAGGUGGUGAUCACCGUGACCUUCCGUCCACUCGAAUACGGAACCUCUCAGGUGACCAUUCAGCUGGUCAUCUCCCAGUUCAACAGCAAACCCUUCCUGUGUACGCUAAUCGGGAGCUCCGCCCUUCACCUGCCCACCAGCUCCCAUGAAGGCGAGAUGGCUUGCGAGGCAAUGUUGGCGGCUGAUUACAGGACCCGGGUUAUGGCUCCUGUAAUCAGGAACCAUGCUGUGCUUCAGGUUCCCCCCGUGCUUCAAAUCAAACGCACCGCCUCCAAGAAAGCAGACAAAUUGAAGGCCGCUGUCCAGCCCCCCUCCCCUACGAACGUCUGCACCCCGGCAGGAGUGGCGAAGAUGCUGAUCAAAGACGGCGACAGAGUCCAAUCCAGAGACCUGCGGGAAGUCAUGUCCUGUGACAGCAUCGUGGGUCUGAGGAGCAGACAGCUGAAGGAGGCCCUAUUCAUGAAGAAGGUCCGUGGCGACGUGACAGAAGAGAGGGCCAACCGCCUGAGAUGGCAACAGCAUCUGGGCAAAACCCCUGUAUCUGAGAAGAGCAGGGGGCAGAUACUAGAGGAGAGAGAGAUCACUGUUCAUCAAUAUACGAUACAGUGGGACUCUGGGCACCAGGAAGAGAAUGUGUUUGUGUGGGGGCGGCCCAGAUUGUCCACCAAGAGGGUCUUGCGAGACGUCCGCCAGGCUGUGGUGGGGGCCCCGUGCUUCACAUUCUACUGCGGCCCCGAGCUGCUGGUCAGCCUCCGGGCUCUGAGACUCUUCCAGCAGGCCGCACGCAAGGUUGUGAUCCGAUGCCGCAUGAACCACCGGCUGGCUUGUCUCAGGAAAACGAAGAAGCCAUCACGCAAAAACCAAGAACACGUAAAGGGAAAUAAGAAAGCGGAAGGUCUGAUCUCGCCAGACAAAAUAUUUCCGUUGUCCUUUCCUGUUUGUGUCAACAUGGCCGGCCAUCUGUCCCUCAGCGAUUUGACCACAGUGGCAGUGGGACUGGUUGACACCUCCAUGGCAACGCAUGUUCCUCUCUUCCAGCUUCAAGUUCCCCAUCACUUUAAGGUGAUGGGCUACAGCCCCCCACUGUCCUGGGAGGCUUUCAACAGCUACGUCCCUCCGACUCUGACCAGGCCACUUCGUUCCGGAGCACUGGCUGUGGUGGGGGCCCCGUGCUUCACAUUCUACUGCGGCCCCGAGCUGCUGGUCAGCCUCCGGGCUCUGAGACUCUUCCAGCAGGCCGCACGCAAGGUUGUGAUCCGAUGCCGCAUGAACCACCGGCUGGCUUGUCUCAGGAAAACGAAGAAGCCAUCACGCAAAAACCAAGAACACGUAAAGGGAAAUAAGAAAGCGGAAGGUCUGAUCUCGCCAGACAAAAUAUUUCCGUUGUCCUUUCCUGUUUGUGUCAACAUGGCCGGCCAUCUGUCCCUCAGCGAUUUGACCACAGUGGCAGUGGGACUGGUUGACACCUCCAUGGCAACGCAUGUUCCUCUCUUCCAGCUUCAAGUUCCCCAUCACUUUAAGGUGAUGGGCUACAGCCCCCCACUGUCCUGGGAGGCUUUCAACAGCUACGUCCCUCCGACUCUGACCAGGCCACUUCGUUCCGGAGCACUGGAUAAGCUGUUACCAGAGUUGCUGAAAGCCCAGCAGGCUACUGGCUCAGUGAGGAGGGAGGGUCCAGGAGAGGCGGAGGACCAAGAAGAGGAGCUCAGGGGGGGGGGGGACCGGGUUGCAGAGGCAAUCCUUCAGCCAGGCCCUGCUCAACCCACACGGAUAUUUAAUCCUGCGCCAGAUCGGCAGAUCUACAAACCCAUCCCUCAAUAUCUGGAGACCAGCGCAGAGCUCCACCUCUGUCCUCUGCCCAGGUUUACUGACAACAGGAGCAAGAAAAACUAUCUAGACCUAAAGGAAGUGAUUAAAGGGGUCAUGACCUGGAAGACCUCUGAUUGGACCACCUUGAGACGCCUCUCCGAGCUGCCCACUUGCUCCACCAUGGCCGAGCGGAUGGCAGGAAGCUCUGUGCGCCUCCGGAUAGCCGUAGCGCGGGGAGCUCAUAGGGAUUGGGCUUCUCGGGGUUUGUUUACCGGCGUUGCUAUGGUUUCCGGUCUUGUGUUCCAACGGUUUAAUAGGUCUUUGGACCUGAAAACAGACAUGUUCCCAGAGAGAGUCCCCCCACCCCUCAUUGGCCCCUCCGAUGACAUUGACCCCACCCUGGUUGACAGACUUACAGAGGAGCCAGGCGUGUGUCUGACGCAGGAGAUGAUCCGAGCAGAGUUCUUGGGGGAUGAAGAGGUCGGCGACCGGACCUGACCCAUUGACUGGACCAGAGACGCUAACCAUAACUAAACACUCACUCGCAUAGACAUACACAAACACAUACAUUAUAGCAGACAUACACACAAACAUACAAAGUGGCACAUAGUCACACUCCUAGAGCGACACAGACACAUGCAAACACAUAAAGCAUAGAGGUUUCCAGUCAAACCAAUAGAUUUGACUGCCAGGCAUGCAGAAAACAUGUACAUUAGCACGGUUCCCUACAGAGGCUGACUAUGCCGCUACACGAUACCCUCCCAUACCCACCCACCUCUCCCCUACCCUCCCCUCCCCUCCCACCUCUGGUUCAGUCUCCAGCAGCACCUCACAUCGUGCUGCGGGGACGGAGGUUCCACUUAGCUGCAAGGCUUUGCUUGUUCGCAAUCAAUAGCCUCACGCUUGCUCUAAAUCUUGGUGGUAAAUGGUGGCUUGGUUUCCCCGACCAGCUCCUAGAGCUUAAACCACAAUUGGCCGCUAUAGGGGGUGAACGACCACAUAAUUUGAAUCCCUCUUCAGUUGACACAACAAUGUUUCAUAUUCUACAAGCAAACCAGAGAUAUAUUACAUACAUCUCAGAGAGCAGGCCAACUUUCCUUUUCAUUUACUGUUGUGUUUUUCUGGAUAAAAGACGUGUUAGGAAAGAGACGGGAGUCCUCCUUGAUCUACAACGACAGCGGAUGAUAAUCUAUUUUCCUGCCUGCGUGAUUCGUCGCAUUGCCGUGGCGACAGAAAAAUAAGAAAAGAAGCCCAGAAUUCAUCCUCCUGAUCAGUGAUGUUGUUGGUGGCGACGUUGCCAUUGGUUUCCAAUUGACAAGCAGAGGGGCCCAAUGUGGCCCCUUCAUCUGGAGCUCCCAGAAUGCACCUGCCGUCACCUCGCCACUCAACAUUUUCAUUGUCUUUUGGAUAAAUACUCAUUUAAAAGGGUGGACAAUUACUUUCCUUUAAAUAAUUUUUUGUGAUUUGAACAUGUCAAAGAAGCAAUCUGGUAUAUUUUGGUGAAGAGAAUUUGUGUGGAAAGUAAUGAAGUGAUUUUUGCUUUUUGUUUUUAUUUAUUCAUCCACUUUUAUUUUAACUUUGUAUUUAUCGCUUACAUUACCGAAGUCAGCCUCCGUAGGGAAACAUGCUAAUGUACAGGUUUUCUGCAAUCACUUUCCAUUAUAUUAUAAAUAAUCCAAACCAAAACAGUGUCUUGUACA